AUGGACAGCGACGGGCCGUUUUGGGUAAGUAAGUCUUAAAAGUAAUGUAGACGGAACUUUAUAAAAACAGGAGAGCUUUAGAAAUGACUUUAAUUUAGCCAUAUAAGGAUAUCAAAUCACGCAGUAUUUUUAUCUAUUAUACAUUAACAUCUAGAGAACCUUAUUCCAGCGCCGAAUUACAACCAGACGUCUAAUCCAAGUCGUCGUUGUAAUCGGGGUCAUCGUUUUGCUGUACUUUGCCCUCAGGCCAAACACAAAUGGCAAUGGGCCGAAUGAAAAGGACCUCUUUAUGGGACCCAAAUUUAGAUUUAUGAGUUUCAAUUUGUGGUUUAAUGGACACAUGGUGAAGGACGGGCUUCAGAAGAUUGCAAAACACAUCAAAAAAGUGGAUCCAGAUGUAGUUGCGUUACAAGUAAGUAAUUAUAAAGUUGCGACAACAUACACAAGGCUGUUAAGAGAUUUUACGUUUUGACAAAGCAAAAAGGGAAGUACUUUUUAUAUUAGACAUGUAGAAAGAGGUACCAGACAAAGGUAUCCCUAAAUCAAAUAUUUGGAUAAUUAGACAACUAAAUUUAUCCCAAUUGAAGACCUAAACAGUCCAUUUUUUUGGGCUAAACGAUUUUGCCGACAAGAAAUUACACUAGGCAUAACAAAGAGAUUAUCGUGGGAGAGGGAGGGCUUUAAGACGUCAUAGUCAACAACUUCAGGCCUUAAGGGCCGUAUGUAAUUAAGGAAAAGCACUGUGAAUGCUGAACCUAUGCGUCGUAUCUUUUUUGUGAUUAUUUUUAGUCAUCAUGCUGAUCUCAUGAUUACAGGAAAUCCAAACGGUUUAUGAACUUGAUGAACUUCUUGAUCUUCUCGGCCCUGAUUGGAAUGGCGCUUUUCGAGGGGGAUCACGGUAUGUGGAUGAUGCAAUUAUCUCAAGACACCCGGUAAGAUAGAUAUCACGCCUUGAAAAAGAGUGCAUUUUAGUUGAAUUUCACUGAAUCUUUCUCCCUCAACGCAGGUCUUGGAAUUGAAAUACUUCCGUCUAACACCAGUAAGGUCAGAGUGGUCAGUUUGCAUCUGGAUUGGCACAGCAUGGGGAAUUAUGCCACAAAUAAUCGGCUGGUUACUUCCAUAGACCAGAUUUUGGCUGGGGAAAGCACACCACCUGUAUUUAGUAAGUUAUCAACUUUGUGCCAGAUUAAUACCACUUCUAAACUAAAUAACAAGAGAAGGCUUCCAAGUGCGACGCUUUCAUUUCCUAAAAUGUUAAGCUCGCGCUUUUGCGGAUAUUCAACGGUAUUGAUUUGCGACAACUUUCACCAAAAUCUAAGCGUUGCACUUGGAGUACUUCCCCUGUAAGUUUAAGAAAAUUUGAUGCUCUCCAGACCGAGUAGACCAAGUGAAGCAACUCCUCUCUCACCCGACUUUCAAACGGUGGAAUGUCGAGUCCACGGAUAUCCCCGUUUUCAUCGCCGGAGAUUUUAAUUCUGCUUCGCAUUUAGAUUGGGCCGAAAAUAGAAAGUAAGGGAUUACUUGUUUAACUAAAGUACGAGAGUUUUAUUCAUGGUCGUUUUGAUUAAUCAUCACGUGAUUUCAGAGAAGAGCACGGUGGUUGGGUGGUGGAAUGGCCGACCACAAAGAUGAUCAUGGAUUCUGGAUUCCUCGAUUCCUUCAGAGUUGUCCAUCCCGAUCCGAUCGCUGAACCUGGUAUAAUAUAAUUGUAUUAAUUGUAUUAUGUUCUAGGAGACACCUGGUCCCUGGUCGAGAAGCAUAAUUGGGAAUGGAAUCUGACAAUCCCAGAGCCUCAGGAUCGUAUUGACUUUAUUUUUUUCAAGUCCCCGGAUCUUAGAGUUGAAGAUUCUUAUCUUUAUUCUGGAGACGAGAAAGCGAAUGUUCGUCCAAAUCAAUUUGAAAAUGAUUACCCGAGUGAUCAUUAUGCAAUGGUAUCCGAUUUUAACUUUAGAGCAUAG